AUGGCCAAUGACGGUUCUCGUCCAUGGGAAUUCAUUCCUUCAUGGGGCUCGCUACCUAUUGAACAAUAUCUUAUUCUCAACAGAGGAACUGAAAUCACUCCGCGACCGACGCAGCCAGCCAGCAGCCGGCGGCGAUUAAUCCACCGAUUUCUAGAAUUUGAUGAAAUUCCCGAGGAAUAUGUUUGUUUGGAUGAGUUCCCCCCGCGAAUGCCAACGCCAGUGGAGAAUGAUACUAUUCUUCAACCCUGGCGAUCCGAUAACGACCUUCGUCGAAAAGCAUACUAUAUGUCCAAGGAUGACGUGCUUGUUCUUCUUCGGACUCAUUAUAACCCAAACGAUGAUGACAAAAUGAAUGAAUUGGUAUAUAAAAACGAUCUGUUCGACGAUAACGCCUGGUGGGCAUGUCUCAAUGAUCCGAACUUAUUCAAUUUCGGUCCAAACUGGCAGCAGGUGUACGAAAUCAUGCCUGAGCUCGCUGGCCCCGUUGAUCACAGGCGACGUUCUGAAGGCCCAUGCAAACCCCAGUUCUUUCGAGCAUCGCCUCAAAAUGAUCAGGAAGGCCUCCAUGAAAGGAGAGAUAGCCAAUUCGAGACGACUGUUGAGCUGGCGAACCAUCCACAGAACGCCACCAUAAUGGUAUAUAUUGUUAUUGCGGAUCAAGAGGCUUUUCAGACUGGACGGUUGCGUCUACUUUGUUUGAAUGCGAAACGAAACAUUGUCCGAGAGCUUCGCGUGAUCGGAAGCCAGCUGAGGUCAUGCAACUUAUUCGUCACUCAAACCCAAUAUUCAGACCACGAGGCGGAUUCAUAG